AAAGGCCGGCGCGGGCCGAGGCGUGGGGUGGAGCGCACUUGUCCCUGUGUGUCAGAGGUGCGCAGGGAGCCCCCGGGUGAGCAGAUCGCCCCACGGGAAGAGGCGGGAGCCGCGGGGCGAGCGGUGCGGGCUCCUCCCCCCGCGUCUCUGCUGUUUGGGUUGGGCCGCGGCGGCCGCGGCGAGGGAUCUCGGGACCCGCGGGCUGAGGGCUACUGUCCGUCCGCCGCUUCGCUCCCGAACGCCUAGCCCGCGGGUCCCGGGUCUCCGAAGGCAGAGAGGCCGGCGCGGCGAGCACAGAAACAGAAACCAAGAAAUGCCUCUUUCCAAAAACAAAGAAAUGAUACUUGGCAUCAUGGUGGGAACUACUGGAAUCAGCUUGCUUCUCUUGUGGUUCCACAAGGUUCGCAAACCGAGAACAGCAAUGGAUUUACCUAAAUUCCUUUCUCUGAGUAAUCCGUUUGAUUCGAUGACUUCACAAGAUGAAAUCCAUAUUGGUCAAGGAACAGCAGCAGCCUUUCAAGGAAGGCAGCUUCAGAUAUUGGAGAAGUUAAAUGAAUUACUGACAAAUAUGGAAGAACUCAAAGAGGAAAUCAGGGUUCUUAAAGAAGCCAUUCCAAAGCUGGAGGAAUAUAUACAAGGUGAACUUGGAGGGAAGAUAACUGUUCAUAAGAUAAGUCCUCAGCACAGAGCUAGAAAAAGAAGGCUUGCCACAGUUCAAAGUUCAGCAACAAGUAAUAGUUCAGAGGAAGCGGAAAGUGAAGGAGGGUAUGUUACAGCUAAUACUGACACUGAAGAACAGAGUUUUCCAGUCCCUAAGGCAUUUAAUACUCACAUAGAAGAAUUAAAUCUAGAUGCUCUUAUUCAGACGGCCGAUAAUUUACGUAUGAAUGAGUCUAGCAAAAUGGAGAGUUUUGAACUACUUUGUGACCACAAAGAAAAGUUUAGAGAUGAAAUAGAGUUUAUUUGGCGGUUUGCUCGUGCGUAUGGAGACAUGUUUGAGCUAUCUACAAAUGCACAAGAAAAGAAACAUUAUGCUAAUAUUGGAAAGACUUUGGGUGAAAAAGCUAUUACUAGAGCACCCAUGAAUGGACAUUGUCAUCUCUGGUAUGCGGUUUUGUGUGGCUAUGUAUCUGAGUUUGAGGGCUUACAGAACAAAAUCAACUAUGGAUAUCGCUUCAAGGAACAUCUAGAUAAAGCAAUUGAAUUUUUACCUGAAGAACCAUUUUUAUAUUACCUCAAGGGAAGAUACUGUUAUACUGUCUCGAAACUGAGCUGGAUUGAGAGAAAAAUGGCUGCUACUCUGUUUGGAAAAAUACCAUCCUCAACUGUACAUGAAGCUUUGCAGAAUUUCCUUAAGGUUGAAGAACUACACCCUGGUUUUUCUAAGUCCAAUUACAUGUACUUGGCCAAGUGUUAUAUCGAUCUUGAACAAACAGAUGAUGCUGUGAAGUUCCUUAAUCUGGCGGUGUUGCUUCCUUGUGUUACCAAAGAGAAGUUGGAGAUUGAACAUCCAGGAGAUGGAGGGCUCAACAAUGACAUCUUGGUUUCUGGCUUGGGAAACUGACCAGGGUAGAUGGAGUUACCCUUGAUGGACACAGGGAGGAUUGGUGAACCGGGUUUGGUAGAGAAGGCAAGUUCAGUUUUGGACAUUUUGAGUUUGUGUGUGUGAGAUUUUCAGAUCCAUUAAGUGAUUGAGUAUUUGGCAUAUAAAUGAUAUUUGAAGCCAUGAGUAUGGCAGAGAUCACCCAGAAAUGUGAUGUAGUACCUGAAAAGCAGGGUGUGAAGGAUCACCCCUGAGAUACACAGCUCUAAAUAUAUUUACAAAGACUUUGUUCAGUCAGAUGUACUGGGAGGAAGAGGAACCUAAAAAAUGAGAUUGAAAGAAGUGGCCAGAGAUGACAGGGCCUCAGAAUCCAGGGGAUGGUGGAAGUGGUCAAACUCUGUCAGACACUCUAGGGAAGUCCGGGCUGGAAUGAGCACGUGAAGUUAAGGAUGCCCAUGUCAUUGGUGCUCUCCACCCGGGCUAUUUCAGUGGAACAGUAGAGGUGGAGACAGAGAGCAGAGCACCAGAGGUGAGAAAAUGCAGUCCGUACCUGCAGACACCCCUCCAGUAAUUUGAUGGGGAAGAGAGGAGAGAUGUAAGGUAGAAGUUAAAGCAGUGCUUGAGUUAAGAAACAGUUUUAUUUUAGAUGAAAAAUACAGGAGCAUAUUUAAAUAAUAAUGAGGAAGAGCCAGCAAAGAAGGAAGGAUUCAAGCAAGACUAGAGAGAGGAGAUAAUUUAAAAGUCUCCUGACAGUAGUUGAGCUCUGCCUGAGAAAAAGGGGAGGGGGGAGAUUAAGUCAAGGAAGAGAAAGCAUAGAAGGGCGGAAUUAGGGUGAGCACCAAAGAGGAUUAACGGUCUGAGGGGCGUACGUCUUGGACAGUGUGCCAAAGGAAAGCAUGAUUGGAGGUGGUGGUUUUAGUUGGGAUUUUUUUAACUAAAAAGCCCUGCCAGUGACCUCUAUUCAUAAAAAAAAAAACAAACAAUUAAAGACUUGGGUGGAAACCCUGGGGAGGAGGUAAAGUGGGAGGGGUGGCAUGUGUGUUGGCAGUUGGAUUGGGGGGUGAUUGGAGGAAUUCUUUGUGGUGCCUGAGUGCGAAUAGUGCUAAGCCCUGAUCUCAAUUUUAAAUCUUUUAUUGUAGUUUGAGCAUAUUCAUUUCUUUAGACAUCUAGUUGAAAUAAUUCUCUCAUCUAUAUCAUUCAUCUGUAAGAAAUUGAUUCCUAGAUAUGGGACAUUUUCACUGAGCUCCAGUUUCUAACCACUUAUUUAACAGGCAUUUAUUUAGGGUCUUCUAGGUACCAGGGACUGAGCUAUCCCCAGAGUUACAAAGAUAAACAUGAAUUACGGCUUUUUAUAUGUUCUUUUAAAUAAAGCAUUACUAUUGUCCUAGAUUCAUUAACCAUAUUUUCUCACAGCCUUCAAAAAUAUUGAUUUGAUAGAAGGUAGACCCCUACUUGAUCAAACGCUGCAAUAGAAUCAGUGUAUUAAUGUUUAUGAUUAAAACUAUUGAAGAGCUUCCAGUUUUUAAAAAAUCUAGCUAACAACUACUUUGUCCAGUUUUCCUCAUCUGUUUAUUUUAAAUGUGUUGAAUUCCUUCAGUCCUUUUGGAUAGGUGCUUAGUAAACAUUUGUUAAACACAAAAAUGCAUAGGAGUAACCCUCCAUCUGAAUUUAUUUCCACUCUUCCUAACUUCCACACUAGUUUCAAGGAAAUAACAAUGUGUGUGGAGUCCUAUAAAACAUAUUAGAUGAUUUUUAAAUCUUAAAUAUAAAUGACCUGAUAAAGUAGGUAGUUUGGAUCUUUCAGCAGAAUCUCAGAUUUCUUCAAAUCCUGCUACUAGGACUAGGACUUCCACAUGUUACAGAUGCAGCAGAAAACAGUGUUACCAUUAGCACACCAGUAAGUCCCGUGUGGGCACGUGGAAGAUGCUCUCCUUCCUGGGUCCGCCCCUCCAGACCAGCUGGAGGGAAAGCCUGCAAAUUGCGCUCGACGUCGUUUACGUGCUCAGAGGUCUGAAUCAUGCCUGGCCUGAAGAAAUGAAUAGUUUCCUUGUAAUAUUCUUUCAGAAAGUAUCCCCUCAUUCAGCAUAAGUCUGUUUCAAAGUACCUGGAGUAUCAGGAUGAAUGUGUGAAAUUUUAUUGUAUAUUUGUAUUUUCUUUAUAGGAUAAAGAUGCACAGAAAGAGGUGAACAAAAUAAGCAUUUCCUUGAAGAGGUAAAUAAAAGAACUUGCUCUUCAACAAA